UCACGGUUUGUUAUUGCAGGAGCGCCUUUAAAUGUGGGAAAUGUUGACGGUCGCUGUUGAUAAAGUUGAGACAGAGGAGCGUGUUUUCAUCGUGAACAAGAUACAUAUAAAGCCACAGAAGAAAUGUCAGGCGCCCAUGAGCAGGGCAGGAAGCGCUCCCCCUCCAAGAGCUUCUUGGUGUCGGCCGACCUGAAGAUCCAGGACCAGCUGGACGGAACCAUCUGGCUGCAGCGGGGGUUCCUGUGCCUGGAGCAGGACCGGACCAGGGGGGACGCCCUCUGGGUCAAGGUUUUAGACAAUGGAGUCAUGGUCAAACUGGAGAGGAAGUUCCUGCUAGAAGUCCCAAAUGACCUCAUAGGGCUGUUGGAGCCGGUGAUGGAUCUGGAAAUGCGGCUCAACCUUCUGAGCAAUCCUGGUAAACUGCAGCAGUUGGUUUCUCUGCCUGUCGAUUCCCUGCUUUGGGUUCAGAUAGGCCAGCAGGAUGAGCUGGCAGAGGCAGAGCUCAAGUACGUCGGCCCGCUGACAUCAGGGACCAGUGCUGUGUUUUUUGGGGUUCAGCUGAAGGGUUCAGCUGCCGGCAGAGGCGCGAGCAACGGUUCCUAUAAGGGCCACCGCCACUUCACCUGUCCAGAAGGCUGCGCCCUCUUCGUCCCCGUCAGUCAAAUCCGGCUCCGCCACUGGUCCCGCACCAAUAACUCAGAUGAGCACUUGAGAGGCCGCGACCGCGACCAUCAACACAGAACCAACAACCCCCCCACCAACGGGCAGCGCCACGUCAACCACGUCCGUCCCGGUCACCUGCAGCAGCCCGGCCGACACGUUAGUUUCCAUCAGAUUCGCCCCAGCAGUUCUCCUCAGCCGCAAAGCCUCCUCCCCCGAACCGCUGAGUCCACGUCCAUAGCUGCUCACAGCCAGGUCCGAGGCCCCGCCUCGCCGCCACCGCUCAACGUCGGCCAGCGGGUGUGUGUCACCGUGGACAACAGUCUGCAGGGGGGGGAGGUGCGCUUCUGUGAUCUCCUGCCUGGCAGGUCGUCGUCAGGGAUGUACGUCGGGGUGCUUCUGGACGCUCCAGUUGGGAACUGGGACGGUUAUUAUAAAGGAGAAAAGAUUUGCCACAUUCCCUCUCAACUCUACGGACUAUUGCUGCCAAUAAAUAAGGUUAACUCAGAGCAAAUGUCGUACCGUCACAGCCCUUCCCACCCAGUUACCAAAUCCAUCCUGAAGCCGGCUCUGCCUCUCGUCAUGAAGCCGGCUCCAACAUCGCCACCCGCUGCUACCAGGAUCGCUCUGGUGCCCCCUACCAAGCAAGCCCUGGGACCCCCGCCCCUGCCUCCCCCCAAACCUCCCCAGAAACCCCAACCACUCCUCCCUAUACCCCCUCCCAAACCCCACAGUCCAACAGCAGCAGCUGGCCCCGACAAGCUGCAGCACACCAACGGCCUACUCAGCCCUCCGUCCCCUCUGAAGAGUCCAGAUAACGGCGAGGAUCCGGGGGACGACGGAGAGGCGGGACUGGGGGCCGGGCUUGAAGUGGGGUCAAUGGUUGAAGUGAACGACCCGCCACUUUUUGGGGUGAUCCGCUGGAUUGGACGGAUAGGUGGCGUUCCUGAGCCAGUGGCUGGAAUCGAGCUGGACCAGGAACUAUCUGCAGGAACAGAUGGCAGUUACCUCGGUGAACGCCACUUUCGUUGCCCAGCCAACAAGGGGCUGUUUGUCAAGCUUCGCAACUGCAGACGAGACUCGAGGUUCCCCGCCCCCGAGACACCUGUCAAUCAAGUGGAGCGAUGCAACUCUAUCGCUUUUGCUGAAUGGGGCAGUGAGCGCGUGGACGAGCACACUCCUCCCGCUGAAGGGGACGAGGCCAGAGAGCUCUACCAGGGCUGGAAGAAAGGCAUUCAGGGUCACCUCAACUCCUGCUACCUGGAUGCUACACUGUUCAGCCUCUUCUCCUGCUGCACCUCAGCAGACUGGGUGUUGUUGUGGCCGUGCAACGCUGCAACUAACCGGAGCUCCAGUCACGCUCAGGACCUGCUGCGCUGCGAGAUAGUCAACCCACUGCGAAGGUAUGGUUACGUGUGUGCCAGUAAGACGAUGGCUUUGAGAAGACUGUUGGAAGCUGCAAGCAGCGACGGGGGCUUCACCAACCAGGAGAAAGAUCCUGAAGAGCUCAUCAACAAGCUUUUCCAGCUCCUGCGAGUCGAGCCACUCCUCAAAAUCAGAUCGGUGACUCAGCAGCCUCAGGAGUGCCACCUCUACCAGCUCUUCCCACCAGCACUCCCACCCUCGCCAGCUUCACCCCUCUCCCCCGUCGACUCCCCCAUCUCCCUCACAGCUUCCUCGUCCAUGAAGGUCGCCAGUGUUCAGUCCCUGCUGGAGUCCUCGUUCCUGCACGCCGGCCUCAAGUUUGUUGAGGCCCCCUCGUGUCUCCUGCUGCUCAUGCCCCGGUUUGGGAAGGACUUCAAAAUGUUCGAUGUCACAUUGCCCACCCUCAGUCUGGACAUCACCGACUUGGUGGAUGACACCCUGAGACAGUGCAGUAUCUGCCAGACCGUUGCUCAGUGGGAAUGUCUGCAGUGCUACGACGACCUCGACAUCACUCCUGGACAUCUGAAGCAGUUCUGCCAGACCUGCAACACACAGGUUCACAGUCAUAGAAAGCGGGUGUCUCACAGCCCGCUGAAGAUCAACGUCCCAGAGGGAUCGUGGUCGGGCUCCCUGCUCUGCACUCGCCGGCGAAUGUCUCUCUUUGCUGUGACGUGCAUCGAAACCAGCCACUACGUGAGCUUCGUCAAGUAUGGGCCCCUCGCUACAGACUGGCUGUUUUUUGACAGCAUGGCGGACCGGGAAGGUGGCGAGAACGGGUUCAACAUACCCCUGGUGAAGGCGUGUCCUGAAGUCGGCCGCUACCUCGGUCUGUCGGAGGAGGAGCUGGGCAGAGUCGACGCCAGCUCCUUACGGGAGCCGGUCCGCCGCCUGCUCUGCGACUCCUACAUGUGUCUGUAUCACAGCCCCGAGCUCAGCCUCUACAAAUGACGUGCUGACUCAGCACACACACACACACACACUGUACGGAUCCCACAGACUGAGAACUCAAACAUCCUGUUUAGACAUUCCUAAGCUUUUAAAACUGUGAGAUAAAAACACUGGACCAGCUCUACACCCUCCGCAGGGUGCUCGAGGGCGCAUGGGAGUUUGCCCAACCAGUCCACAUGUGUUUUGUGGACUUGGAGAAGGCUUUCGACCGUGUCCCACGUGGCAUCCUGUGGGGGGUGCUCCGAGAGUAUGGGGUCGGAGGCCCUCUGCUGAGGGCUGUACGGUCCCUGUAUGACCGGAGCAGGAGCUUGGUUCGCAUUGCCGGCAGUAAGUCAGACCUGUUCCCGGUGCGUGUUGGACUCCGGCAGGGCUGCCCUUUGUCACCGGUUCUGUUCAUUAUUUUUAUGGACAGAAUUUCUAGGCGCAGCCAGGGGCCGGAGGGGGUACGGUUCGGGAGCCACUUGAUUUCAUCUCUGCUUUUUGCAGAUGAUGUGGUCUUGUUGGCUCCCUCGAGCCAGGACCUUCAGCAUGCACUGGGGCGGUUUGCAGCCGAGUGUGAAGCGGCUGGGAUGAGAAUCAGCACCUCUAAGUCUGAGGCCAUGGUUCUCGACCGGAAAAAGGUGGCUUGCACCCUCCAGGUCGGGGGAGAGUUCCUGCCUCAGGUGGAGGAGUUUAAGUAUCUUGGGGUCUUGUUCACGAGUGAGGGGAGAACGGAGCGCGAGAUCGACAGGCGGAUCGGUGCGGCGGCCGCAGUAAUGCGGUCAUUGUAUCGGUCCGUCGUGGUGAAGAGGGAGCUGAGCCGAAAGGCAAAGCUCUCGGUUUACCGGUCGAUCUACGUUCCCACCCUCACCUAUGGUCAUGAACUCUGGGUCAUGACCGAAAGAACGGGAUCCCGGAUACAAGCGGCCGAAAUGAGUUUCCUCCGCAGGGUGGCUGGACGCUCCCUUAGAGAGAGGGUGAGGAGCUCCGUCACCCGGGAGGAGCUCGGAGUAGAGCCGCUACUCCUCCACAUCGAGAGGAGCCAGCUGAGGUGGCUCGGGCACCUGUAUAGGAUGCCCCCUGGACGCCUCCCUCGUGAGGUGUUCCAGGCAUGUCCCACCGGGAGGAGGCCCCGAGGAAGACCCAGGACACGCUGGAGUGACUAUGUCACUCGGCUGGCCUGGGAACGCCUUGGAGUCCCCCCGGAAGAGCUGGAGGAAGUGUCCGGGGAGAGGGAAGUCUGGGGAUCCCUGCUCCGACUGCUGCCCCCGCGACCCGGACUCGGAUAAUGCGGUGGACAAUGGAUGGAUGGAUGGAGAUAAAAACUUUGCAAGAGAUAAGACCUCUCAACAAACGAUGCAUCUUCCUGGACCAUGUUUACUCUGCAGCAGAUAUUUCUCCAACAUUAUCAUAACAUUCAAGUUUACACAGCUAGCUGUCAAAUGUCUGAAAAAUGUAAACAGCACAUUCUGACUGCAAAAGAACAUUACCGUCAAAGAGAUUUCCUUAAAUUGAUAUUACUUUGUCCCGUGACCCUGCAAAGGAUAAAGCGGGUAUAGAGGAUGGAUGGAUGGAUGGAUGAUAUUACUUUGUAUUUUUAUUAUGUGUUAUUGUAUGUUUAUUACUUCUGGUCUAAAGGGCUAAAAAAAAUCUGGAGCAUGCACCAAAAAAUAUGAUGCAAACUCUUUUUUUUUUUUUUCUUUCUUCUCUCAUCAAGAAGGUUAAGAUUGAAGAUUCUGAUAUGUUCAAUGCAAGUGUCAUGAAGGAUUUGUUGGUUGUUUUUUAUUGUAUUGCACUGAAGAAAGCAAUACUGAAAAAUGAGAUUUUAUAACUCCAACAAAAUUAAGUGUAAUAAGUGCACAAUUAACGCUGAUAUCAUAAAGAUUUUUGUCUUUAAUUGCAUGUUGACCAAAAUUAAACCAAAAAUUGAAGACAUGAGAGGAUUCGGGCUGCUUUCACACUACACGUUCUUACGCCUGGUGCGCCCGUCGCUGAGCUUGCACACAUAAGUUGAUGUUUCAGUGACGAGUCAUCGUGCGAUCGACACAGUGACUCGUCAGAGUAGCUCAACGGCACGUCAAGCCAUUCACACGGCAGAUAGACAUUUAAUAUGACAAAUAUUUGGAGCUGCUGGGUGACUACCUGUUCAAGGUGCAAGCAGUAAGAGAGAACGCUGUACAUUCAGUCCAAGUAAGAAGAUACUAUUUCAUUACAAAAGUUUUUGUUUUCACGCUACUCCAGUCCUUCACCCAUGGUCUUUAUCUUCCCUUUUGUCAUUUUCAACAAAUCAUGGUGUUUUCAACAAAACUGUGUUCUGAGCAUGCUCAUGCCUUAUUUUCCACCUUAACAAAAUUUCAUUUGGGGAUUAGUUGGGUGGCCGAGUUGCCGUCAGAUCACGUUGUGUGUGGCCCUCAUGUACUAUGAACAGCUAAUGAUUACAAAACUGUGAUACAUUCAGAUAACAAAUAUUGGCUGAUUUCUGUAUAUCACAAGCAGAUUUUUACACUGACACAUACUGUAUUUAUCAAAUUAUAUUUAAUGCUAGUUCAUCACAUAGAAUAAAACCUAAUGAGCUUUCCCCAUGGUUUAAAAUUUUAGGUGCUUUUUUUCCUAUUCUGCACCAAACCUGGCUAAAUUAUCAUAAAGCAUUUGAUCAAGACAUGACGAUCUACAGUCCAUUCAGAUCAAAUAAAAACAUAGUAAUAAUCUGAGAAGAGCAAUUCUGUAUUUAAGCUUUUGCACUAUGCCUUAGGAACAAAUGUGCACAACCAGAGGUUUGUGCAACUGGAACAUGCUGUUAAAUUGCUUUGAUUAUAUACCUGAAGUUAAUAUGUGCCUAAAUAAUGUACACUGGCUGUACAGAAUCUGUUUAACACAUGACUUAUGGAUACUUCAGUUUAAGUUGUGCUGCUUCAUUUACUUGUUAGUGAGUGUGUACAUAGUGGUAUUUCAUAAAACUGACAAUAAAAUUUGCACAUUGUUGUUAAAAGUUUUGUAUUGCUCUUGUGUUGUUUAACAUUUUACAGCUAUAAGAAUUAAAGAUGAUAUCUUGUAUAA